AUGCUGCGCAGGAAACCCACAGCUAUUGCAAUCACCUCAGAAGAUAUUGCCGCUUUUGAAGAAGCCAGGCUUCGCAAGCUAGCCGAGGAGAACAAGCACCCAGAACAUACCAAAGGAAGCUCCACUGUCAAUCUCGACCCGAGUGAUGAGCUGAAGCCGCUCCCUGGGGACAAGGCGAGGAUUGUUCGGUCGCGUGAGGAGCGCAUUGGCAUUGCUCGGCGUGGGUGA